CUCCACAUUCUAUUGUUCUAUCAAUCAUGAUGUUAUGGAAUACAGUGCCUCUUAGCUCAUCUUCUCUCUCUCUCUCUCUCUUGCUCGCUCUGUGCAACAUUCCUGAAAACCUGCAUGGAAACACACACACAAAAAUACUCCAAACAAGCUAAAUUCGAAGCUUGUGGAAAAUUAUCUGUGACUUCUGGAUCAAGCUGUCCCAAAGCAAUCGCGGGAUUGGUCUAAACUGCAGGGACAGUUUCAGUCCUUAGCCAAUAGAAAAUACAGAAUUUGUACAGCUGACGUGGCUUCUGAAAACACGGAAGUAAAGCUUUGGUGGUGUUUCAUUGAAUUGAGAAAGAGAAAAUGCCAGAGGUGGCAACGGAGAGAUAUGGCUCCCUCGAGUCAUGGAAAUAUCAGUUGAAGGAUGGAGUAAUGGAGAGAGAAAGAGAAGGUGGCAACGGUGGGACGACUGGAAAAACCAUCAUUGGCGUGUUCAAAAGUGUCUUCUUGCCUCAAGGGUAUCCAGAGAGUGUCAGUGGCGAUUACCUGCAGUAUCAAUUUUGGGAUACUCUUCAGGCCUUCGCCAGUUCUCUUUCAGGUACUCUUGCCACCCAGGCCUCUUUAAGAGGUGUUGGUGUUGGAAACCAAGAGGCAACAGUUGCUGCUGCAACAAUUACCUGGUUAUUACGAGAUGGCACAGGCAUGCUGGGAAGAAUCCUAUUUGCCUGGCUUAAAGGGAAUAAACUGGACUCUGAGGCCAAAAAAUGGAGGCUUGUUGCUGAUGUUCUCAAUGAUAUCGCCAUGUUCAUGGAAAUACUGGCUCCUAACUUCCCAACAUGCUUCACUCUAAUUGUGUGCUCUGCUGGAAUAUUCAAGUCCAUUGUCGGGGUUGCAGGUGGGGCCACCAGAGCUGCUUUGACUCUUCACCAAGCUCGCAGAGACAACAUGGCAGACAUCUCUGCCAAAGAUGGCAGCCAGGAGACUUUAGUGAAUCUGGCUGGACUGCUGGUCAGUCUGAUCCUUAUUCCUCUUGUCACUGACAAUCCACUGCUGACGUUCGUCCUCUUCUUCCUUUUCACCAUCCUCCACCUUUGUGCAAAUUACAAAGCAGUGCGUUCAGUUGUCAUGGAGACACUCAACGAAGCUCGGCUUGCUAUUGUGCUCCACCAAUACCUGAGAGAUGGACGGGUCCUCGGUCCACUAGAGGCCAAUCUUAAAGAGCCUGUAUUCUUGGAGUUCAGGAGGACAGUUCCAAUCAAACUGGGAGUAAGGCUAGGGGAACUUAUUUAUACGUCAGAGGACCUUAAUUUGGCCAUGAAAAACAACCACAAGCCCUUCCUUAUCGGAGUCAAACGUGGCUCUGUGUGUGUUUGUUUGGGACCAGAUGCAUCUGUAUGUGAUGAGAUUAGGGCUGUGUGCCAAGCAGUGUGCCUCUGCACUGUGUUACACCCUGUCUCGCCACUAGAGGGGGCUCUCAAACAACUCUCAAUGUCACACAGCAACAAUCAUUGGGAGCUGGUGCAUGAGAGUCAUAAACUUAUGGACCAAAUUUUUCAGCCAUUCCUCAAAGCUCUGGAGGUAGCUGGAUGGCAGACCAGUCGAACCCUACUGGACUGGAAUGAAUGGAGGGUGGAGUGGAAGAAGAAGAGCAGUUAAAGGAGUGGCAGGGUCUCUGGAGAGCAACAACUGCAAGGCUAUAGGCUGAGCUCUCUGUCAAACAUUCAUUGUGACAUGCUCAGAGAUGAAUAUGCUCAGAUUCAUUUAAAGGUUUUUGUCCUUUUAUGGUACAUUUUAUACAAACAACUUCAGAAUAAACUUGACCAUACGUUUAA